AUGGUUUUGGAUUAUAUUACAGACUUUGUAAAAGUUGGAACUAAUACUAAUCAAUUAGAUGAAUUGUGUCACAAUCUUGUAUUGGCAAAUGGCGCUAUACCAGCUCCUUUAAAUUAUCAUGGAUUUCCUAAAUCUAUUUGUACAUCAAUUAACCAUGAAGUUUGUCAUGGAAUUCCAUCAAAAAAUAAAACUCUUAAAAAUGGCGAUAUUGUUAAUAUUGAUGUUUCUGUUAAUUUAGAUUCUUGGUAUGGAGAUAGCAGUAGGACAUAUGUUGUUGGAAAAAUUGGCCCCGCAGCUAAGAGAUUGGUUAAAGUUGCAGAAGAAACUAUGUGGGAAGGAUCCGGUGAAUUAUUGGUCCCAGGAAUGGUUUUUACUAUUGAACCUAUGGUUAAUUUGGGUAAAAGAAAUGUUAGUAAAUUGCUAGAUGGUUGGACAGUUGUAACAAGUGAUAGGUCUCUUUCUGCUCAGUUUGAACAUAUGAUUGCAGUUACUCAAGAAGGUUAUAUGAUUUUGACCUUAGGAAAAUUCAGUAAUAUUUUGGCUUAA